AGUUCUCCUAUGGCUGAAAAGCAAGCGUCGUUCUCGUUAGUUCCAAAAAUUGUCAAUGGAGGUAUUGCUGGUAUUAUCGGUGUCACGUGUGUCUUUCCUUUAGAUCUUGUCAAAACUAGACUACAAAAUCAACAAAUCGGUCCCAAUGGCGAGAAAAUGUACAAUAGUAUGGUUGACGCCUUCAAAAAGACGUAUAGGGCUGAAGGGUUCCUGGGAAUGUACCGAGGAUCCGCCGUUAACAUUCUACUGAUUACUCCGGAAAAAGCCAUCAAGUUAGCAGCUAACGAUUUUUUCAGAUACAACCUUCAAACUAAAGACAAGACCCUUCCAAUGUUUAGACAAAUGCUAGCAGGUGGUUCAGCAGGAUUAUGUCAAAUAGUAAUUACAACUCCUAUGGAGUUAUUAAAAAUUCAAAUGCAAGACGCUGGAAGGGUUGCUGCGCAAGCUCUCUUAGUUGGUAAGACUGUCCAGAAAACGUCCGCAACCGAAUUGGCCAUUGGAUUAUUCAAAAAACAUGGUAUUCUUGGAUUGUACAAGGGUACUGGUGCGACUAUGUUAAGAGAUGUCUCAUUUUCUGUGAUAUAUUUUCCUUUAUUUGCUACUCUUAAUGAUUUGGGUCCUCGAAGAAGUAAAGAUUCCAACGAAGCAGUAUUCUGGUGUUCAUUCUUGUCUGGCUGUGUGGCCGGUUCUUUCGCAGCUUUGGCAGUUAAUCCAUUCGAUGUUGUCAAGACGAGAUUGCAAGCUCUUACGAAAGCUGAAGGCGAACGAUCCUAUACAGGAAUAGGAAAUGCAUUUGUGAAUAUUCUGAAGUACGAAGGUCCAAAAGCAUUCUUCAAGGGUGGUGCUUGCCGUAUGAUUGUCAUCGCACCCCUCUUCGGCAUAGCGCAAACCGUAUACUACCUUGGCGUGGCUGAAUACCUAAUGGGCUACCAUCGAGGCUAA